CAUCAGCAACCUCGACUUCCCAUCGCCCCGUCAUUCGUGUUUGCCUCUUCAUUCAUCCCAUCAUCGAUUUCACGGCCGCUCUGCUACUCCCUUCACCGCAGACUCGUAAUCGAGCCCAUCUCCGCUGCACGGUCGACUGCGGGACUGCCCCUCACUUUGUUUCUGCAUCCCACGAGGCGCUCAUCAGCAAAAACGCACAUCAAUUGGCUACAAGUUCCAAGGCUUGUUGCCCGUCCGCCAGCGCCGGGCAGUUACCCACGUGGGCAAACCGCCGCAAAGCUGAUCGCGGGCGAUAGCAAGCUCGACUGUCGAGGAGACAAAUUGCUUUCCAUCCGCACCCACCCAGCCGUCUGUUCAGCCGUCUGUCGGUUCAUCCGCCCGCCAUGGCAACCCAGCAUGAACCAGGCCGGCCGGAGCAGGGCCUCACGCCCUGGCCCAUGACCGAUCCUUGGGCUGCCAGCUCAUUCGACUGGACCGGCAACUUGCAAGACGGCGUGAUACUUCAGGGCGCCUCGUUGCCGCGAGUUUCUGUCCUCGACGUAGAUCAGUCCGCCGCCGCGUUCAACAAGUCGACGUUGUGGCCUCAGAGCCCCAAAAUCAUGCGUGACAAGUCCCAGAUCAAGGAGUAUAGAAACAUGGAGCUGCACAUUCUGCACAAUGCCGAGUUCGAGCUUCAACAUGGCGACACCAUUGUCUUUGUCGACCUGCCGAGCACCCUCAAGGACUCGUGGAGGAAAACCGACUGUGAUGGGGUGCCCUUUGCCAGCACCCAAAAGUUCCGCGUCCACUCGCAGAGGCUUCUGGCAACCGGGUCCUCCAAAUUCGCCGAGUUGCUCGGCCCGACGUAUCAGUUCAGAAUACAGCGCCGCCGCAAGAUGGUCAACAAGAUGCCUCCCGGCGUCAAGUUUCUCAUUGACCUCACGCCCCCCUCAGAAGGCGACGAGCUCGUCUUCCAGAUGACGGAGCUCUCGCUCACCCCCGGCAUCAUGAGCUGGUGGAGCUCCAAUAAGCUGUACGACACGGACCCGAGCCUCGUCAGCGGUCAUGACGAUGUUUGCUCGUGCCGGCAUUUGAGCCGGGCCCCCGACGUCGACAGCGACGACGAGUUCUUUGGGGAUCUCAAGCCCGCCAUCACUGCCGGCAAUGUUUCAGCACCCGAAACAUACGAUGAAACAAUCCAUGGCGGUAGGAAGCCUGGAAUCUAUCAGAUAAUGCCGGAUACCCUGUUCAACCUGAAGCUCUUGGGAGAGACGGACCGCUACAAGACACCAGCGUUUCGGCAGAUACCCGACUACUGCCCCAUCCGCCAUCGCAACGCCAUAAUCCGUCUGCUCUUCAUCAUCGAAGAUCGGGAUGUGCUCAUUGAUUCGGCCAGCCGGGUCUGGACUCUCCUGGGUCUUGCCAAGAUGUUUGACUGCGUCGCCGUCAUACGCGAUCGUAUCGUGCAGUGGUUCAUGCACGGAAACAACAUCAAAUUUAUCGAAGUGCUUCCCGAAGAGGCUCUCCGCAUCGGCUUCGCUCUCGAAAACAUGCAGAUUACCCAAAAUGCGUUCCGAAUCCUUGUCAACGAACUCGCCCUCCAGGACGCGGCAAGUGACGAGGCCAAGCGGGCGUCGCCCCGCACCACGAUAUUCGGCCGGAGGACUGGAGACUGCACAGACGAACAUUCCAACCUCAUACAGCAUGCCGCGCGAACAUUGGUGGAUAGAAUUUCGACGCUCAAGGACCAGCUCCAGAGCCCCGACUUGUUCAACGUCUGGCACAUUGCGGAGUGGGAGAAACUUCGGAGGCUCGAGGUUCUUCUGGCCAAAGGGGACACCCCUUCUUGUCCCAUGGCCCUGGCGUUGCUGCGGGUGCUGAUGGAUGCCCUCCCCACUGCCGUGAACGAAAUAGUACGACGAAUUCUGUCGCAACCCAUCACAGAAAAGCGCUACACGUUCCGGAGUAUGGACGUGGACCGGGCAACCUACAUGCUGCCACAGGACUACGAAAGCCUUGAAUCGAUAGUCUUGCGCAUGAACGACACGCAAAAAUUGCUUUGUCCGUUUUUCUACAACGAGCUCGGCGAGACAUGCAGCUGGCAUCUAUACCUGGGGGCUCAUGCGAAGAAGACGGGGAUUCCAUACCAGUCCCUGGUCAAGGAGCUGGACAUCAUUCUCGGAAACGUGACCCGCGAACAGCCUGCCAUUAUGCGCACUGCCGAAUGCGCCGAGUUUGUGCGCCCAUACGACACUUCUAGCAGAAGCACAGUCUAUCAUUUUCUUCCCGUGCUUGAUCUGGAUCGUUUGGACUGGCAGGUCAAGGACGCCCUGCAGCCCAUCACCGUGUCGUGGAUACGCCACGACGUCGACCCACCUCUGAAUCUCACUCGCCACAUGCUUCUGACCAUGUCGAUGAACGAGUUGAAGUUUCUUCCGUUGUGGGCGGGCGGGUUCGAUGACGGCACGGGCGGAGUGUUCGAGAGCUAUGUUCCCCCAACCGACAUGGGGCCCAACGGCCCCGGGCCUGCAUACCACACGGGAUGCACGUUGCCGUCCGCCCCGGCGAGCAUAUCGGAGUCCAUGAUUGAGGAGAUGUCGGCCAUGAGGUUCAAAGGGAGCACCAUAGCGGGAUCGGUCGACGUGCACGAUAGCAUCUCGACCGUGUACAAGCCCGACGAGGUCAUUGCCGACGAGGUCACCCUCGCAUCCGAGUCGUUUACGAUGGCCGGCUCGGAGUACCAGGAGGCGCAGUUUGCGGUGCCAGCGGCGCACCAGGGCGUGGGGCAGGCGCUCGAGAUGAUGGUCGACUCCGACUCGGGCACGGAUGCGCACGAUGCCUCCACGGCAGACGGCGAGUCGACCGCCAGUAGCGGCGCGUGGGGCAGGCGCGACGACACUGUCGGGCCGUAUAGCGAAGACAGUGACGGUGACAGCGACAGCGAGGGCAGUCUGGUGAUGGUUUGAGCAGCAUCCACGUGCUUCUAGUACAUGAAAGUGGAGAACGAACGAGUUACGAAGAAGAUGACUUUGGGAACGGGUCGCUAAAAGCAAAAGUUUGAAAGGAUGCUGCCUUCAGGGUACGACGAGACGAGGAAUACGGCUGGAUAUCAACGAGACUACGACGACAUGUCAUGACGAGAGAGAGAG